AUGGCAUUACAAGAGCCGGAUGCGAACAAAACCGAUAUUAAUUCAGACUCGGAGGACGAAAUAACCGGCAGAAAUCCUGUUUUAUCGCCGGCCGGGGAACAAGAAGAAACGGAUGAAUUAGAGACCAAUGCAGUGGCGACCUCACCUGAUGGCAGGUAUCUUAAAUUCAACAUCGAAAUUGGCAGAGGGUCGUUCAAGACUGUUUAUAGGGGCUUAGAUACAGAGACUUCGGUGGAGGUGGCAUGGUGUGAGUUGCAGACACAGAAGCUGACGAAAACUGAGAGGCAGCGCUUCAGCGAGGAGGCUGUGAUGCUGAAGGGUCUGCAGCACCCCAAUAUCGUACGAUUCCACGACUCCUGGAAGUCCACGGUCAACGGCCAUAAGUGCAUCAUCCUGGUCACCGAACUCAUGACCUCAGGAACCCUAAAAACGUACCUGAAGCGCUUUAAGGAGAUGAAGUUGAAGCUCCUGCAGCGCUGGAGCUGCCAGAUUCUGAGGGGCCUGCACUUCCUGCACAGUCGCAGCCCCCCGAUCAUCCACCGCGACCUCAAGUGCGACAACAUCUUCAUCACCGGCCCCACCGGCUCUGUGAAGAUCGGGGACCUUGGACUGGCCACCCUCAAGAGCACGUCUUUUGCUAAGAGCGUCAUCGGAACUCCUGAGUUCAUGGCCCCAGAAAUGUAUGAGGAAAAGUAUGACGAGGCAGUGGACAUCUAUGCCUUCGGCAUGUGCAUCCUGGAGAUGACCACGUCAGAAUACCCCUACUCUGAGUGCCGGAAUGCAGCCCAGAUCUACCGCAAGGUCACCAACGGAAUCAAGCCGGACAGCUUUUUCAAAGUUAAAGUCCCUGAGCUUCAGGAGAUCAUUGAAGGAUGCAUACGGAUGAACAAAACUGAGAGGUACACCAUCCAGGACCUUCUGGAGCACCGGUUCUUCCAGGAGCACGCCGGCGUGCAUGUGGAGCUGGCGGAGGAGGACGACACGCUGAAGUGCAGCCUUAAGCUGUGGCUCCGCAUGGACGACCCCCGGAAGCUGCAUGGGAAGAACCGCGAGAGCAACGCCAUCGAGUUCCUCUUCGAUCUCUACAAGGACGUGCCUGAGCAAGUAGCGCAAGAGAUGGUGGUCUCAGGAUUCGUGUCCGAGGUCGACUACAAACGCGUGGCCAGAUCCAUCCGUGACCGGGUGAUGGCCAUCAAGCGACAGAGGAACAAACUGCGUGGGCCGAGGAAGACAAUGCUGGAGAGGGAAGAAGAGCAGGAGCAAGACAUAUCAGCCGCUAAGUGUCCCAGUCCGGCUUCUGAGAGCCCCGCUCAGUCUCUGGUCUGGCCCAUCCUCACCACGUCUGGUCCCACCCCUCCCCUCUCUGACAGGUCUGCAGACUCCCACAUGUGUCCGCUCCUCUGCUCGUUACCCAAGGAGCCUGAUUCAUGUCCACAUGAACCCAGUCGGUACCUCAGCUGCUCCCCCCUCACCUCUGAAUGUGAGACAGACGGCUAUCUGAGCUCUUCUGAAGGAAUUCUCACUCAACAGUCUCCACCAAGUCCCGCUCCACCCAAGCAAACGCUACAAAUCCCAGCCCUUUGCUACCCCCUGAGUGUCGCAGAGUCCCGUAAUACUGAGUACAGUCAGUCUGGAUCAAGCAGUGGUCUUUCCUCUCCCGUUGACAGUGACGGGCAUGAAGGAGUCCUAAAGGAAGUCAAGACCUUCCGAAGAAGGAACCUGCCUCAGCUACGCAUCACCAGGCUGUCGGACAAAGAGGACCGCGUGGCAGAAUGCCAGUUACAGACUCACAACAGAACAAUGGUGACCUUUAAAUUUGACCUUGACGGGGACAGUCCCGAGGACAUCGCCGCUGUCAUGGUCAACAAUAAGUUCAUACUCCCAGCAGAAUGGGAUGGGUUCAUCCUCAACCUGUGUGACAUCAUCAGGAAGGCCGAGGCCCUCAUGAGAGGAAAGCCCUCCGGCCUGGAUCACCCAGCAGGCAUCUCCCGUAAGCUGCCUGUGAAAGAGUCCCGAGCUCUGUCUGCCCUUCAGCCCCGGCUGGCCGGCCACGUCCGGCCCCAGCAGUGUUACGUCGUGACGGGUAGAGGCACACGCAUGAUAACUGGGGAGUCCCACCGCUACCCCAGGAGUCCCCCAAGCCAGCUUGCAGACCUCCAGCAACAGCCCUUAGAUACCCAAUCCCACCUCCGUACUGCUGUCCAGGACUCCCAGACUGGCGGCUCCACAGACAUUCCAGCAAACCUGAUGGAGACCGUCUCCAUACCUCCUUCCCCACGUUCCUUUGACCUAGCUGCCUUUUCCUCAAUAAAACCUGUCUUCUCAAGUGCCACCAUCCCUUCUUCAUCUCACUUUACUCCACAAGAAGAUUCUCUUCCAUCAUCAGCCCUGACUGAAGACCCGGAGAGUGACUCGAGCUGCCCAUCCAAAAUCUGUUCUUCUGGUUCUUCUCCAAUCAACGAGCAUCGUUCGGUGAUUCCUGAAAGCGCCGCGUCCCGGGCCAGUCAGACGAAGAACUGCGAAGAAGAGCAACAGGAUUCAGAGGCGAGCCUGAAUACUGGGGUGAUGCUCUCUGGUCAGAUAUCCAGGAGCAAUUUGGAAUAUUCCGCCACAGUGAGAGGGAUGACGGAAGCAGGAGAGCAAAUAAAUGAAGGUGACGUAGCAGAGUCAGAGCAGAGGAGCCGGUGCGAUGAAGGAAGAGGAGAGGGCCAUGCAGAGGGCGGCUAUGAUGAAAGCGUCCAGCACAAUGUCACCUUGCAGCAGCUUUGGACAAACUAUCCUGGCAGCUCCUACCAGAGCAGUGAUGAGACAGAGACUGAGGACGAAGAGAUCUGGGAGGAGCUGGAGGAACUUCGGAGCAGACACCAGUUAGAGGUUCAGGAACUGCAAGCUACCCAGAAACAAGAGAUUGAGGAACUCUAUCAGAGUAUGGGAAAGGUGCCCCCAGCAGGCAUUGUUUCCCCCGCUAUGAUGCUAUCCAACCACCAAAGGCGCUUGUUAAAAGCCUACAUCUCAUCCCUCAAAAACAGCUUCCUGAGACUUGAUGUUAUACCACCCACUGGUGGUACAUCAUCAGGGACUGCGCCGAAAAACAAGAAAGGCCAAGCGAAGGAGUGA